AAACAGAAAUCAAAUUGUAAGAUUUUUGUUUGCGUUUUGCAUUUGCAAUAUUACCAAGAAGUUUAAAACAGAAACAAAUUUGUUUCAACAAUUUAGAAUCUACAUUCAACAUAAUUCCAUAAAUAACUACAAAAUAAUAAAAUUAUAUCAUUAUGACCGAUGCUGAGCAAUUUAUAAGAGAUAUCCAACGAGAAUACUUGGAUUUCCUUGACGAUGAGGAAGAUCAAGGUGCAUAUACUGGCCAUGUUAAAGAAAUGAUAGCCGAGAAGAAAAAGCGUCUUAUUGUCAAUAUCAACGACUUGAAACGAAAGAAUCCACAACGUGCUCUGGGGAUCUUAAAGAACGCCUCCGAUGAACUGUUGGCAUUUGGGCGCGCUCUAAAGGAGUAUGUCGCGUCUAUUGACCCGACAUAUGCUAAGACAUACGAAGACUUCUUUGUCGGCUUCGAGGGUUGCUUCGGUAACAAUCAUUUCACUCCCAGAGGGCUCACAUCCACUUAUCUAGGAAAUCUGGUAUGUGUUGAAGGUAUUGUCACAAAAGUUUCCCUCAUCCGACCGAAAGUCGUACGAAGUGUUCACUUUUGUCCAGCUACCAAGAAAGUCAUGGAAAGGAAGUACACUGACUUGACGUCGUAUGAAGCAGUCCCAUCGAGUGCCGUCUAUCCGACCAAGGAUGACGAUGGCAAUCUUCUCGAGACAGAAUUCGGUCUAUCCAUAUACAAGGAUCAUCAGAGUCUAACAAUUCAGGAAAUGCCUGAAAAGGCGCCUGCUGGGCAGUUACCACGGUCCAUAGAUAUCAUUUGCGAUGAUGACUUAGUGGACAAAUGCAAACCUGGUGACAGAGUACAAUUCACAGGGAACUAUCGAUGUUUGCCGGGCAAACAAGGUGGUUACACAUCUGGAACAUUCAAGACAGUUCUUCUCGCCAAUAACGUGUCACACUUGAAGAAGGACAACGAUUUGGGAAUCACUCGUAAAGAUUAUCUGACCUUCAAGAAAAUCUCCAAAGAUCCAGAAGUAUUCGAGCUACUAUCGAAGAGUUUGGCGCCAUCUAUCCAUGGACAUGAAUACGUCAAGAAGGCGAUUUUGUGUCUCCUACUUGGCGGAGUCGAGAAGAACUUGCCUAAUGGAACACGCCUGAGGGGAGAUAUAAAUGUUCUCCUCAUUGGAGAUCCAAGUGUGGCUAAGUCACAAUUGCUGCGAUAUGUUUUAAACACUGCACCGAGGGCCAUUCCAACCACAGGUCGAGGAUCCACUGGAGUGGGUCUGACAGCAGCUGUGACCACCGACCAGGAAACUGGUGAGCGUCGUCUGGAAGCCGGUGCCAUGGUAUUGGCCGAUCGAGGUGUUGUUUGCAUUGAUGAAUUCGAUAAGAUGAGCGACAUGGAUCGUACGGCCAUUCACGAAGUUAUGGAACAGGGAAGGGUUACAAUUUCCAAGGCUGGAAUUCAUGCCUCCUUGAACGCACGUUGUUCUGUGCUAGCUGCAGCUAAUCCUGUCUACGGAAGGUACGAUCAGUACAAGACUCCAAUGGAGAACAUAGGUCUGCAGGACUCGCUGUUGUCUCGUUUCGAUUUACUGUUUGUUAUGUUGGAUGUCAUUAACCCCGAUACGGAUAACAUGAUUGCCGACCAUGUGGUGCGCAUGCAUCGUUACAGAGACCCAAAAGAAACUGAUGGUGAAGUUUUGUCCAUGGGAAGCAGCUAUGCCGAUUCCCUUGCAUUUGUCAGCAACAAAGAAGAAAAUAAAAAAGAAACAGAACUUUAUGAGAAAUACGACGCACUUUUGCAUGGAAAAUCACGCAAGCGUCAGGACAAAAUUCUCUCAGUCGACUUCAUGCGUAAAUACAUUCAAGCUGCUAAGUGUAUGAAACCUAAGCUUACCGAAGAAGCUUGUGAAGCUAUUGCCAAUGAGUAUUCUCGUCUUCGUUCUCAAGACAAUGUCGAAUCGGAUGUGGCCAGGACACAACCUGUUACAGCACGUAGUCUGGAAACCUUGAUUCGUCUCUCUACAGCCCAUGCUCGUGCACGUAUGUCGGCAUCGGUAACAGUGGACGAUGCUCAGGCCGCCAUUGAGCUUGUUCAAUUCGCGUACUUCAAGAAAGUCCUCGAAAAAGAGAAGAAGAAACGUCGUCGUGAUGGUGGCGAUAGCGAUUCGGAUGAAGGUGCUAGCCAGGAAACGACUCCAUCGCGUCGCACCAAACGCUCCAGAACUGAGGGCACUCAAUCGGAACCAAUUGAAGCCGAUGAAGAUGAUGAUUUCGUGCCACCACAACCGGAUGCCGGUGAUUUGACUCUGCGUGACACAAGAAGAUCUCAGGCAGCAACUUCGUCUGAAAGCAACACCGAAUCAACUGUCGUAUCGACACCCGCUUUCAUAUCUGAGGCUCGGCUGAAUGUCUUUAAGAAUAGUCUUCAGAAGAUGUUCCGUGAAGCUAGGGAGCAGAGUUUGCCCUUGGCAAGGAUAACAGCAGCAGUCAAUAAGAAUAAUGAUGAAGCUUUCUCGGCUGGAGAAAUUGAAGCGGCGGUUAAUAAGAUGACUGAGGACAAUCAAAUUAUGCUUGCUGAUGAUAUUGUUUUUCUUAUUUAAUGACUUUGUUCUAUUCUUGUCUUUUAUGUUUUCUUUAAGUUUUCUUUCUAAACCUUUUUACUUAUCAUAAUUAUUUACGUAUAAUGAUUCAAAAAAUAA